CAUAGGGCAAGGGAAGAAAGCACACAACUACGUGAGGUCACGUUUACUGGAGUUUUAAUAUUGCAUUCAGCGUUUUGAAACUUAAGUGAAGUUUAGUAGAAACGUACGACAAAAAAAGGUCCUAGAGAUCUGGUGAACUAGUGCUCCGUCACGUCAAAAAAAAAAAGGAAAACUUCAGAGGUCCUUCACGACAACAUGCAUGUGUUCUGGCCAAUCAUCGUCAGCUCGUUUGUGACUUUAGUUUACACACAAGAUAGCAGUGAAUGUCCAGAAAACUACGUAAAGAUACACCGAAGUUGCUACAAGUUUGUCACAGAUGGCGACAGUACUGCCGAGUGGGCGGAGUCACCCGAUGGUUGUGAUGGUAACAAUCCGGUGCUGGUACAGACUGUGGCUGAGAUGAAUAAACUAGAAGAGUACAUGAACAAAAACAAAUUUGCUGCCGGCAAAUAUUGGGUCGGUAUAAGGAAAGACACAGCCAAGGGAGACAAACCAAAAUGGUUGGACAACUCGGAUGUUGCUCAACCAAUAACGAAACCCAACAGAAGAAGAUACGACUGCAGUGCACUAAAUUUACAACCCAACCAGUUUCAACUUGUUCUACAUGACUGUGACGACACACUGCCCUACAUCUGUGAAUACACCCAAUUUACUGCCCGCCCCCAAACCGCCACCACAACACCAGACAUGCAGAUAGCAGACAGCAGCGUGCUAUCCACAGGAACUAUCCGCCUCGACCCAUCCAUCCCAAAAUCUGCCACCCCUGGAAACGUCAACAACACGUCAGCAACACAAGGAACAACCAAACCAUCAGUCUACGUCCCUCCACCAACAGAAAACAUCCCUACAGUCAACACACGCAAAGUUCCAGAAGUUUCUCAUAAGGAAAAAGUUCCAGGAGUCUCAAGUCAUGUCACCAACACUACCACAACACCAACCACCACACCAACCAGCACACCAACCACCACACCAACCACCACACCAACCGGACCUACCAAGAGAACAACCACCACACCUGCCAGCACUACCACCACCAGCUCUGUAGAAACCAAACUAAAAGCUUAUAAAAACUGCUACAUCCCGAGUUUUGGCUCCAAUUUAAUGGAACAAUUAAUCACUGCUGAAACUUUUUACACCAACCCCCGUGUGUGUCCCAACACAACCAUUGGCUCAGUCAACUGGCCAUCUACACUUCCUGGUCAAACAGCUCAAGUCCGCUGUAAAAACAGAAAAGGUACAGCGACGUGGGCCUGUAGCCAACAGGAGACAAAAAUCUGUUGGAUUGGUCAGCCUGAUGUUUCUGGGUGUGUGGAUGAGAAGCUGCAGAAAAUAUUGAACCUGGUUAGACUAAUAGAAACACAAGCAACAAAUGAAUCGAAACCAACAGAGCCGCCACCUAGCGGUAAAGAAGUGGUAGAGAUGACGUCACAGAUUAAAGAAGUGACGACUAACAAAGAAACAACAAUGGAGGACGUGUUGGUCAUGUCCAGAGUUCUAAUGUUGGUCACCAAGAAAAAAGACAACGCUCCUCCCAAAGACAUCCAGCAGAUUAAGGAUAUUGUUGAUAAUGUCAUCGCAGCAGGAAGUAAUCUCGUCUCCACCAACAAAUCAGCCAUGUGGGAGGAAAUGACGCAGGUAGAUAAGGUCAACUCGGCAUUAACACUUCUGGUUGCCAUGGAGACAGCGACGUUAGCCAUGGCAGAUGAAAUUAAGCAACCGAUUGUGAUAACUAAACAAGAUGAGAAUAUCGACCUAAAACUGCAUGUGAUCAGUGAAGACACGUUCACCAAGGAGAACAAGACAGAACUGGUAUACACAACUGACCAAUCAGAAACAUCGUUCACCAUUCCUAAAGAAACUUUGUUCAGCUUUAACAAAGAAGGUGAACUGGCCAAGGUUGUUUUUAUGACUCAUUACUCCAUGGCCGAUAUCCUGGGGGUCCAAGAGAAACCAAAGACAAAAACUGACCCUGAAGUGAGCGUUGAGGAGAAAUCUUCCGAGAAGAAAGAGAGAAUGGAGGAGAAGUCUGAUAUCAGACUUCACAUAGCUAGCUAUAUACUCAGCGCCUCACUAGGGGCAGAUGGACAUGCGCACAAGCUUCCAAAACCUGUGACCUUCAGGAUGAAACAUGUCACGGCUGGCUACAAAGAUCCAGUCUGUGCAUUUUUAAAUACGUCCAUCAGGGACCAUAACUUUUGGUCAACCAAGGGAUGUUAUGUGGAGACAAGAGAAGGGACAUUGGUUGUUUGUGUCUGUGAUCACUUUACUAACUUUGCUGUCAUGAUGUCACCAAUACACAUAUCUGAAAAAGAUUUUGCUGCACUAAGCAUCAUCUCAAGUAUUGGAUGUGUUAUCUCCAUAGUCUGUGUCACAGCCACCAUCAUUAUAUAUGCGGUUGUCUGGAGAUUUGUGAAAAGAGAUCGUUCUGUGCUCCAUACAAACUUGAGUGUUUCUCUCGGCAUUGGCUACAUCAUCUUUUUAUCAGGAAUCAACAGGACAGAAAAUGAAGUUGUGUGUAAGAUCAUUGCUGUGUUGCUCCAUUACUGUUUCCUGGUUGUGUUUUUUACUCUACUUGCUCAAGGAUUUGUCCUUCUGAAAUCAGCCACAAGCAUUUCAACUGUUUCAAUACUCAAAUAUCUGUUGCCCAUGGUAUAUGUCAUUCCAUUGAUCAUUGUGGUCACAUCAUUGAUUGUCACCAAGUCCAAAGGUUAUGGUACUGACAAGUUUUGCUGGCUGUCCCCAUCUGAUGGAUUACACUGGGCUUUUGCAGGGCCAGUCAUUUUUGUUAUUUCUGUGAACUUGAUUGUGUUGGUGGUAGUUCUGCAAGCCAUUCAAACCUCACGUGCUAUGCAGGAUAAGACAAAAACAGAACGCACAAAGUCAGCAGCCAGGAAUGUCCUAGUUUUGUCCCCUAUCCUGGGAGUCACAUGGUUGUUUGGUGUUUUCUCCAUCAAUAAUGAUCUCAUUGUUUUCCAAUAUUUGUUUGCUAUUUUUAACUCUAUCCAAGGUGUUUUAAUUUUUGUCUUCCACUGCCUGCUACAGCACCAGGUGAGAGAAGGGUUGAGUGUUCUAAGACACAGAUACAAGUCCAAGUCUCUUAUGUCCACGUCUAAAUCUACAGGCAGUAGUUCCAAUCCCAAGAAAAAUGGACUCAGUGAAGCUUCUGGUAUGUCCAGCAUCAUCACAGACAAGGAAGGGGCAGGAGGUAAACUGGUCACCAUAGCAGGUCAAAGUUGACGAGUUUGUCAUAAUCAGAACUGAAUUUUUUUAUUCUUUGUACUAGCCUCCCGUUGAGACAAUACAGUUUUAAAGAUUUAAAAAUUAAUUCACAAUAUGCUGUCUUUUUUAAAUUAAAUGGUUCUUCUUUUAUUUUAAAGAGAACUAACUCCUUAUUUUAGUCUCGCAACAUUAAUCACAGUUACUCCCCCUUAGAAAGAAGUGGCUCGUUGAAAUGGAGGGAGGGAAGUUAACCUUAGUCCUGUCACUGCUAGGAUUAAGUUUGGGUGGAACACAUGUUGACAUAAAUCUAUGCAAAUGUUGAGGAGCUAUACAUAUGUUUACAUGUGUGUUUAUGAACUAUGGUUUACAAUUCCUGAAAUUAAAUGUUAAUAUGGGUACACUUUUUUUGUCCUAUUUAUGUAGCGACUUAAGUUUAAAUAAAAAUGUGAUAGUUCACUUUUUGCUUAAAACUCAAAUAGAACUAAAAGUUUGGAAAGUUUAGAAUGACAUCCACCAGGUUUGAAUAUAAUACAUUUUAAAAACAUUUUGUCGUCUAACACUUAUUAAAAAAUAUGUGAAAAUUCAAGCUUAAUAAAAGUAUAAAUGUAAAUUUCAACAAAACAAAGAUGUUGUUAUAAAAUUUGCAAAUGCAGAGAACUUCAAAAGAAUAUUUUUAAAUUUUUUAUGUGACAUUUCUGUGUAAUUUUCAACUCCCGAUCAUAACCUUGACGAGUUUUACUGUACAACCUUUUGAUUGGGUUUAAUUUUAUCGGUACCGUAGGAUGUAGAUAAAGCUCGUAUGUUGUUUUAUUUAUUUAUUUUUUUGCCAAAAAUUUUUCAAAAUGCUGUAGCCUAUAGUUACCUAUAAAUGAUAAUAAAAUGCAUUAAACCACUAAAAAAAUGGACAAAACAAAAGAAUUCUAGUGUAUAUACGCAUUAUAUAUAAUCACGU